CCUCGUAGAUUGUGGUGAUUUUGUUAUUGUGAGGACAGAGGUAACGUAAUUAACGUUAACGCACACGGGUAUAACGGGUCCUUAAAUUCCGGAUUGUCUCUUAAAAUAUUGUUUAAACUAUGUUGUGUAGUAUUUUGUUAGAAUGUUACUUGAAAUAUUUUAUUAAAGUUAAGUGGUGCUUGAAGCUUCGUUGCUUUUAACGUUACGCUAACUUCUUAUCGCUUCAAUCUGAUUGGUUGAGAUCAUUGACAUCGUAUUAAUUCUACAUUAGAUCGUUAAACUGAGGUAAAAGGCCGCCUGAAAUCUGUUGGUAACGUAGCUUUUGUUGCAAUCUUAGUGUCUAAUUUUAACAUCAAGCUUUGGCUUGGUAGACCAACGUUACUCUUACGAAAUUGACCAUGGUUUUACUACAGUAAUUAUAAUUUAUCAAUGAUAUUUUCAGUAAAACAUAAGUGAUUUCAAAUGAACCAUUACGUCACCUUAGUAGUCUUAUUAUAAUCGUGAUUUGUGUCGCAAAACCAUUUGUAAUAUGCCAAAAACAUGGUAACUGUAACUUUACUAUAAUAAAACCAUGGCUAAGGAUUGUCUUUUGAUUCAAAUCAACGUGUUGUAACGUUAACCCAUUUUUUUUACUGUUGUUCAAGACACAGAGAUGACAAAAUAAACACAUGGACUGUGUCUCAAACCCUUGAGUGCUUUCUAAUUAGACCGCAUGUUGAGUUGACUCCUAAUGCACCUAGAAGCAGCAUGGAAGAAGAGGAACACUUUGUAAACAUAGACCUGAACGAUGACAACAUCUGCAGCAUCUGUAAGAUAGAGACGGACACCGGAACACUUUCCUUCUGCCAUGUUUGCUUUGAGCUGAGCAUAGAGGGUGUAUCCAGUGCCACCCUGUUGCACUCCAAAUCUCUACGUGGGCAUAGAGAAUGCUUUGAGAAGUACCAUCUCAUCGCCAACCAGAAGCUCUCCCACGCCAAGGCCUCCCACGGUGCGUACGAGGGCGUGAAACGGGCCUUGAGCCAGCGAAUCGACCGCAUUAUACAGUACGCACAGAACAGAGACUCCAUAUCCGCAGAGUCACCUGGGCGCUGGGGGCCCAAACAGAUUAUGUGCCACACCCAACAAGGCGGAAGAAAGCUCGUGCCCCAAUCUGAAGCCCAGGUGCCGCGCUACUCUCCACGAUGGGCUGAGGAGGCAUCAAAGGCCGAGUCAGAAUAUGGUAAAACCAUGCUAGACUGCCACUCCGCUGAGGAGCUUGAUCUCGGCCUACUGCAUCAGGGACUGUGGGCCGGAGAGAGACGGGAACAGAAGAAACAGCAGGAUACUGCUAGACAGAGGAGACGCAUGGGACACGGUCAAGAAGAAUUGGUAAGGAUGAGUGUGGAUGAGCUUCGACGAUUGAACGAGCAGCUGCGUCUACAGAUACAAAAUGUCUUCGAAGAGCUUUCUGUAGCUGUCCAGGAGAAGGACUCUCUUUCAUCAGAGCUGCAUGUGCGACAUGUAGCCAUCGAGCAACUCUUCAAAAACUGUGCAAAGCUGCCAUGGCUUCAGAUCGGGAGAGCGGGGGUCAAAGCUACAAACAGCCCUGUGGAAUGAGAGCUUGUGGGGACACCGGAGACUCUAAACUCCCUUAGACCGCAGCUCCACGAGAACUCCCUCUGGAGAUCACUCCUGAACUAAUGGGAAACACACUAUUUCUAAAGUGUGCUCAUGAGAAUUUGAGGUCAUGCUCAAAGGUGGCUUCUGAGUUUUAUGCAGAACUUGGAACAGAAAGGUGUUAUGGACUUGGAAGUUGAAAAAGUGAUGCAGUGUUUUGGCGUGUCCAAAGUGUUACUAUGCAGCCUUCAACAUUUAAUUUCAAGUGUUUUGUUUCCCUUUUCUUUCGGUUCUGGUUAUAUUUUGUGUCUUGUUUAAUUCUCUUAAAUCACAGUUUACACUGUACAUUUGGGGUGUUUUAUAGACUUGGAUUAGUCUAUCAACCUUCCUUAUGCACAUCUGGGCUUGCUGAUUGGCUGUGGUGUUGCUGCGGUAACUGUUGCUUAGUUAACAGUUUUAUCCUCCCUCUGCUCAUUGCAGUGGAACUUAUUAAUGACUGAGGAGCAGACAGGGUUGUUACAUUACUCCAAGAUAUAGUUCAUUGCGAUGCCGAAGUCUUACAUGAAUCCUGUUUGUUACCGGUUAUUUUCACUCUGAAAGCUAAACAACAUGGUGCUAGUGUUUAGCUUGGGUGACGUGUUAACAUUUUACAGGUGUUUUCGCACCAUCAAACAAUCAUUUCAUCAUCAUUUUAAUCAUUUGGUAGUAAAAUUACAUUUGGGACAUUUCUGCUCGUCGCUUGAUCUGAUGUCAAAGAAAUAGAUUACCCAAAAAAGAAAUUUGUCAUGUCACCCUCAUGUCAUUCCAAGCUACAUGACUCCCUUCAGUAAAGCAACAAAAAGGAGAUGUUAUUUAAACUGGAUGUAACGCACACACGCUUUCUUUGGAAGAAAGAAAGUUACAGAGGUUUGGAAUGACAUAGUAGGUACGCGAGUAAUUUUAUAUUUUAAUAUAAAAUAGCCCUUUAAGCACAGAUUUAAAGCCUUAACUAGGCUUCAUUUUUUUAUUAAUUUGUAUAACAAUAAUAUUGAAACAAUAUCUUCAACCGGCUUAAGAAAGAAAACAUAUCCAAAGCAAUUGUUACUUAAAAGUAACUAUUUCAGUAUUUUUUUUAGUCGAAUAGUUGCUUUACAAAUAUUUUAAACCAAAUGUGCUCACUAAUGGAUUGUGUAUGGUGUACCAGUUUUGUCAGUAUCCCCAUUCCUAACUUAAUGCUUUUCUUAUUUUUGAGUGGCUUGGUUUUAUUAUAUGUUGUGCAUACAAUGUUUUGCUGUGUUUGGGGAUAUGCACAUAAUCUGACAAAAGAAUGGGGGAAAUGUUACUUUCAGAUCAGACUUUAUCGCCAUCUUGUGGGCUUUUGGAGAUUCAACCAUUUCCUGCCCUUUACUCUGCUCACUGUCCUGAUAUCUCAAAUCUUAGUUAAAAAAAGUUGCAUUACUUUUAUGCGAUCAGCUAGGUGUAUUUGAAUUAUCUGUUCUCUUUAUAAGAGAUGGUAGUUUAACUGACCCCUCUGGGGUUUCUAAGACAAAGUUUUUUUAAAUAUGUUAUUUUUAAUGAGUAAAAUCAUGUAAUGUAUUCUGUCAAUCUGGAUAUGGCCGGCGAGGUACAGCUGUCCUCUUAUCGUGCCAGCUGGAUGUAAUAAUAGAUGAAGCAAUAUGUCUUUUAAGUGUGUUUUUCUUCCUUUGUGCAGAUUUUUAUGGUUUGCUCGGUUCAUUUCAGAUAUAGGAGUUAGAAAAAUAAAUUGACGUGCACUGCCCAAAUGACUUUAUUCUGUUGCUGCAGAGAGUGCUAUUUCAUGCUUGACUGUCUCCAGUGUGUUACAAAUACAGGCUAUGAAUUUAAAUGUUGAAUUGUUUAAGUUGGUGUAAAUUAUGUGCUGAUCAUUCUUUAUUCAUUACUUGUAUUGUUUUGCCAUUUUAAAAGAUUGUUUUCUUUUUCAGUUGCUUGCAUUUUGUGACAUUUCAAAUGGUGUAUUCAAUUCUUUUUUUAGCUUUCCAUAGUGUAAAAGAAUUUAGUUUGUUGUGAUGUGCAAAUUUUAUUUAAGGGAAUGAAUUAAUAAAAUAUUUUUCCUAAAUUUA